CCGGCAGGCGGGUGCCUCGCAGCGGCGGCGCGGACAUGGCUGCGCUGGUGGAGCCGCUGGGGCUGGAGCGGGACGUGUCCCGGGCGGUGGAGCUCCUCGAACGGCUCCAGCGCAGCGGGGAGCUGCCCCCGCAGAAGCUGCAGGCCCUCCAGCGAGUCCUGCAGAGCCGCUUCUGCUCUGCCAUCCGGGAGGUGUAUGAGCAGCUUUAUGACACGCUGGACAUCACCGGCAGUGCUGAGAUCCGGGCCCACGCCACAGCCAAGGCCACAGUGGCCGCCUUCACAGCCAGUGAGGGCCACGCACAUCCCAGGGUAGUGGAACUGCCCAAGACGGACGAGGGCUUGGGCUUCAACAUCAUGGGGGGCAAGGAGCAGAAUUCGCCCAUCUACAUCUCCCGUGUCAUCCCUGGAGGUGUGGCUGACCGCCACGGAGGCCUCAAGCGUGGGGACCAGCUGCUGUCAGUGAAUGGUGUGAGUGUUGAGGGUGAGCAGCACGAGAAGGCAGUGGAGCUGCUGAAGGCUGCCCAGGGCUCGGUGAAGCUGGUGGUGCGCUACACACCUCGAGUGCUGGAGGAGAUGGAGGCCCGCUUUGAGAAGAUGCGCUCUGCCCGGCGGCGCCAGCAACAUCAGAGCUACUCGUGAGCCCUUUGCCACCGCACUCCUGGGGCCUCCACUGUCUCCCUUAUCCCCAGACUCCCAAACCAGGCCAAUGAUUUCUGAGGCCCUGAUUGCCACCCCCAGCCAUGGCUCCUUUCCCUGGGAUUCUGACCCUUGACCCAGGAUCUCACCCCAAGCCCUUCUGACUAAAUACCUUGGGGACUCCUAGCUCACACCCAUCCCAAGAUCGGGAACCUUACUCCCUCUGGAAUCCCUCCACCCACUUGCCUGGGCUCUUGGCUCUGGAACCCCAGUCCUGGCUCUCUCCCAUCCCCCUCCUCCCCUCCCCUGAGCUUGGCUCCCCUCUCUUCACCCUCCUUUUAGGUCCUUGGAGUCUCGAGGCUGAAACCACAGAUCUGGACCCUCACCCUCACCCCCUCCCCUGUACAGUAUUUAUUGUCACCAGCUCCUUAUUUAAAGAUCUUUGACCCUCA